AUGGGCAACGUCUGUUCGGCCGGAGUGCGUCACGCUUCUGGUACCUCGUCCGACUCGUCGCUAGGUGGCAGCAACGGCGCGACCGCCGCCGCUGCAGCGGGCAAGAGCGUCCAGUUCGCUGACGAGUGCGGUCGCGAACGGUCGGCUGGCGGUGAUUGUGGGAGGGGCGAAGCGGAGGAGGAGGCCGGGGAGCUGCUGCUCAGCUACGAGACGCGGCGAGAGCGAAGACGCGCCCGGCGCAGCGAGCUGCUGUGGAAGCGCCGCUACGAGGCAAGGCGGGCCGUCGAAUUGCAGCGUGGUGGGCGAACCGAGCGCGACCGUCCCGUCACCAGGGAAGUCCUCUUGCCCCGCGGCGGAAUGAAGUCCUCCUCCAGCAGUUCGUCCGACGGCUCCGCGCCCGUCACCCGAGAGCUGCUCUUCAAACUGCUCGUCAUCGGUGACUACGGAGUCGGGAAAACGGCGAUUGUUCGCAGGUACACGGAAGGCAAAUUCUCAUCCAACUACAAGAUUACCAUCGGAGCAGACUUCGCCCUGAAGACACUGCAGUAUGACCAGAACACCAAAGUCAACCUCCAGUUGUGGGAUAUUGCAGGUCAUGAACGUUUUGGGUACAUGACAAAGGUGUACUACAAAUAUGCGUCAGGUGCUGCAAUUGUAUUUGAUGUGUCGAGGAUAGCAACAUUUCAUUCAGCGCAAAAGUGGCUCAAUGACAUCAGGGAAAAAGUAACACAACAGGAUGGCACUCCCAUCCCCACAGUGUUGCUGGCAAACAAGUGCGACAUCCAAGGGUCUUCCGGGCCUUCUACGGAGACCAUAGCUCGAUUCUGUCGUGAUAAUGGUAUCACGAAUUGGUUCUCUACAUCAGCAAAGGAGAAUAUCAAUAUAGAUGAAGCUAUGGCAUUCCUGGUGAACAAGGUCAUGUAUGUGAAAACUCAAGAGGCUGCGGCUGAUACUAUCAUUCUUUCGGCCAGCACAGGACAGACAAAGGAGAAACAAAGAAACUGUUGCGGAUGAUAGGCAUGUUAUGGAAACAGUCUUUUGCCAAUAUUGUGGUUGUGCAAUUUACCCUAAGGUGUCUGUACAAUGUACAGUUCCAGUCAUAGCAGUGCCUAAAUCUAGCAAACAGGCGAGAUUACCGCAAAAUACUUUGCAACUGAUGCAACUUAAGGUUUCAAUUUCCAAAGGGGGUAACAGACUGGAUACAUGAACUGGCCAACGGAGUAAAAUGUAAUGUAUACCACUUAAGCACAUGAUGAAGGUCCAAUAACAACUGUGGAAGCAAAGAAACGUGUUGCGUGCUGAUACACCCUAGAAGAUAGUGUUGUGCAAUAAAACACUGAAGAAUUAACCAGUUCUAUAUAACUUUUAUUUUAUACUAAAUUUAUUUUCUACAGUGGUAAUCACAAAUUUUGUUCAAAAACUGUGCAUCACAUUUAUAAUUUUGUUGUCAAUCACUAAAUUAAAAUUACAUUGUACUGAAGCCAUAUAACAAUAACUAUAUACAAUGGUGAUGUACAAUUAAAUUGUGGUUUCUAUUGUUUAUAUUUUUAUAUUGUUAAAAAUAUGUCUUAUUCAAAGUUUUCAUUUUAUAGUUCAUCAAGUGCAUUGUCACCAAUUACAUCCAGUUGCAUGUUAACUUCAGUAAUCCACAAAAGAGUUGGUGAGACAAGCAGGAUACAUUUAGUAUCAACAAUUUCCAGGCUUAAAUGUGCAGAAGGUUUCUUUUUAUUAGAGGAUAUCUUAUAACAGUUCCAAAGAAAAUUAAAAAUACGAAUGUAAAUAGAGUAUCUGCCAUUUCCUGGUCUGUGCUAUAACUGCAGGAAACUACUGCGGAGCAGUGACAUGCAGGUGGUAGUACUUGAUGUAAAUAUAUCUCAUAAUCAAAGAAAGCAUGUAUAAGGGGACAAACAUACUGACAUCUAUUUCUACACGGUUCUGUAUAGUAAGUAAAAUACCAGUAAUUGCACUUGACAUCAUACAGAAACUGUGGAAUGCAAUGUAAAUUUGUUUUUAGUCACUACUUGAAACUGAUUGUCAGCUCCAAAAUCCACUAAUCAAAAGCUUCUCUACUUUCUGUAGAGCAUGAAGUACCUGUCAUCCAUUUGCACAUUAUAUACAUGUGGACACAUAUUUUUGUACAGAAAAAAUUCAGACUAUGAAACAUCUACACACAACUCCGAAUGCUGUGUGGCAGGGAUAUCACUUACGUAUAUAACCUGUAAAUAUUGAGAAUGUAUUUUUAAGUGAAUUUUAUUUAUUGUUAUCUCAUUUUGUCACUUUUACUAAUCACAGUGACAGGACUGGUAUAAAAGUGAGAUUUGUGAAUUGUUCACAUUCCAAAUACUGGCCCACCAAUUACAAUUACGAUUGAAAAAUUGUCAAUGUUUAAUGCAAAAGGCCUUGUGUUCUGCGGUAUUAAAAUAUAAUUGACUUUUUUUUUAAAAAAAAGUUAUGUAUUCAAAACUGUAAUUUUAUAAAAUUAAUGUGAAUCUGGGUUGUACAAUGUAAUGAUGUAUUUAGUUUCAUGAUUAAUGUAAAGAUUGUUGUAAACUCCCAAACAUGUUUUAUAAAUCAUUGAAAUAGAAAAUACAAUCAACAAAAUGUGUCCCCCUCCCCCCUCCCUCUAUAUUGUUUGAAAUUGAGAGACAGAC